AGCUGCUCCUGAAGCUGGCAGGAUGGGCAGGCGGGGGAAGGGACCAGAUUUAAAGGUUCAGCUGCCCCGCCCCCUGCCAGACCUGGGAGGGCAGACGCUGGCCGCCAAGGAAGACUAGUGGCACCCACCAUGAGAUUUCGACGCCUGACCCCUGGCUACUUCCGGGUGCUACAGAUGCAGAUAGCUGGGGAGCUCAAAGCAGAGCCCCGGAGUCCACUGGCCGGGGUAGUGGCUACACUGCUGGCUGUCCUUGGACUGGGUGGCUCCUGCUAUGCUGUCUGGAAGAUGGUGGGGCAGCGGCGGCCGCCACAGGCCUGAUGAUAAAGUAGGCAGCCUCACGCCCGGGUCCCGGGGGAGGUGACUCAGUGGGGGCUGCAAUCUCGGGAGCCCACUUCUUUUCUGAGGGUCAGUCCCUGAUCUUCCCUCUCCCCUUCACUGACCUGGGCUCCAUCUUGGGGGCUCCAGCUCAGAUGCCAGGACCCCUGAGGGAAAACAAGGCUGUAGGUUCCAAAGCCGGACCAAGUGGGGAAUGGACACCCUCGGCCCUGUAAACAAGAGUAACAGAGAAACCCCUACAGGGCAGGAGUUUGGAGGAGUGGCCUGGAGGUUAGAGAGUCACAGACAAGUCCUCUUCAUCCAGUUCCUUUAUUGGGGGUGAGGGCACCCAGAAGAGGCCAUCCACUCCCCAAACCUAGGGCCAAAAUAGGUUGGCACAGUCUUUGCCAGCCUAGCCCUUGCACCACUGUCCAUGGGCAGUUCCCCUGCCCUACAUCCUCAGGCCAUGUCAGGGAGAUGUGUCCAUCUCGGGGGCCUCAGUGGAUACUUCUGUGGGCACGGCCAGCCGCUGGGGGGGCACAUAAGAGCCCAUACCCGCUGCCCUUUCGGCCUCCUCCUGACUGUAGGGCUCCACGCUCAGCUGCUUUAGCCUGGUUGAAAGAAGAGAGAGAGUUGGGAGCUGACCAGAUGCAAGUCCUGUCUGCCCAGCACCCGUCCAUCAGUCCUCUCCUUACUCCUUCAUACCUCUUCUUGUGGUCUUUGGAUCGGAAGUGGGUCUUCAGGGUGGUGGAAUCGACGAAGUACCUCCUGUAGGGAUGGGAGGUGGGUAAGGAGGAGAGUGAGGUGAUGCAUCUCAGGUAUGCCUAUCUCCCUGACGCGGGGCUCUGAGCCUGAAGUGAUGGGAGGCCAGCAGACCCCGCGCGUCCUGGGACCCGGACCUCACGCCCCCGUCCCGUCCCGCGUACCCUUCUCCUCCCCAGGCCAGGCCCGGCCGGGACUCACGCGCAGGCCAGACAGCGAUGCAGGCCGCCCCCUGGCAGGUCGGGGUCGGGCUCGGAACCCAGGUCUGGACGAGACCGUGCGGGAACCUGGGGCCGCAGCUCGCGGUGAAUUUCGUCCAGGUCCGGCUGCCGCCGCUUCGCCUUCAUCUGGCGGGCCAGGGAGUGGGCUCGGUGAGCACCCGUCCGACGGGAGCGACCCAUGGCCAGUGACUGCGGGGCCAGGGGGCCCAGAGCCGGGUCAGGGCCACACGUGCGGGCGCUUCCGGAUUGCUGGAUGACGUCAAGGACGCCCGGGGGCGGAGCAGGUUCGUCCAGACUGCCUCAGAUGACGUCACUCGCGCAGGCCGCUCCUUGAGCGCCCCCAGGCGGCGGUCGACGUCAGAGACGGAGCGCCGGGCGGGGCCCAAAGCUGCGGCUUCCGCCCAGGGCGAGGCUUUGGCCUGGGAGCGGCUGGGUGGUGCGGGCCCCCGGGGGAUUCCGCCCCCUGACCUCCGGUCCCUUCUGGCCCGACCUGUCUCUACUCCAUCCCUUGGCACUAUCACCCCAUGCUUGUUCCCAGAUCUUAGACUCCACGGUCAGCGAGGGGAGGGAAUAUGCCUUGAGCAUCUCUGGGAGGCACUGAAAAAUGUCUGUGAUGUGAAUAAAUGAAUUAAUGAGUG